ACACGCACACUCACAACCAUGCGCAGGAUGCUUAGCAUAUCUAUGUAAUCCACAACAAACGAAAUCAACAGCUUAGUGUUAUGCUUAAUGCUUAGCACGUUCAGUUCGAUGGCACCCGAGCCGCAAUGAUGGGUGAUUUUUGACAGCUCUACGGUGACAUCCCCCGAAAUGCUAUUUCGCGGGGGAACUCAGUGGUACUCAAGUUGAAGCCAUCUUGGGCACUCAAUUUCCAUCAUGGCUGCCGCUAGUUCAAAAAAACGACAGUUGGUAUAAAAAAAUGCUCUAGUGCAAAAAAACAUAGUCCUACCUACCCCCCAUCUUUUUGCACUUUUGCUUUUAUACGUUGCAUAUGUGCUUUAUCUCUUUCACACAAGUAGGCACACAUAGGCCCCACCGUGACGUCAUAUUCACCCCAUCAAGCAUGACCUGUCUAUAUGUGCCGACUGUUAAUUCUGCAUUGUUCUGUUCUACCGCAUUUGAAUUCUGUGAAUAGAGGAAAUUUUGUUAAGGUAUUUUUUUAUCAAGAGGCAUACUUACGAAAACUCCACUCCGUACCGGCUCUGUGACUGUCCAGAAGCUUAUACGCUCAGGAAAAUGCAAAACAUUUAUCAUGAUCAUCGAUAUGCAACAUUCGCAUCACAGCCGAUUCUGGAAACCGAAAUGAUGGAAAUUAGCACCUCCAAUCCAUCGGUGAUCCAUGCUCCACCGUCUGUUCCAUCGGUCGUCCCCGCUGUUAUUCUUGAUUCGACAUUCUUGGCUGUCUCAUCGUCACCACCACCUAUAUUCGUUUCGUCAGAUAUGUUGACCAUCCCAUCGUCACCGCCACCCAUCACUGAUGUUUCCGGUACAGUUCUUUUCGGUGGAUCUAUGCCCAGUUCGUCAGGUGGAUCCAUGCCGGGACAGCGAUCCUCCUCCGGACCGUCAUUGUUGACCAUCUCAUCGUCACCGCCACCCAUCUGUGAUGUUUCCGUUCGUCAGCCAUGCCGGGACAGCGAUCCUCUUCCGUGUUAG